CUAACGACCGGAAGUGAAGACGGAUUAUGGAACAUCCCGCCGUAGAACCUUCGACGACACACAGCGCGAGUGUGACGUCCGGUUCAGACAUGUUCGCGAUGACGACGACGACGACGACUGGCGACGGCGACGAAACCGGCGCAAAGCGGCCCGAAGCGACCGCGACGGCGGAGUACUGCGCCGAGUUGCAGCGGUGGAUGUGGCAGUACUACUGCGGCCACGCCAGCUGGCAGAGCUGGGUCGCGCUGUCAGCCUUCCCCUUCCCCCCGCCGUGCCCCUUCCUUCCGCCGGGGACGAGCGCCCAGACGCCGGGCGCAGCUGCCACCGCGAACUCCGGCGGCGGAGGACCACAGGUGGUUGACCCGCGGAGCUGGUACACCUACCCGCAGUAUCCCCACGGCUUCCCCGCCUCCUCCGACCGGGCAGGUGGUGCGCAGAGCUCGGCCCAGGACCAGACUGUCAACCCGGCGCCUCAGGCAGGCCGAGAGUACACCAUCCCCUCUCCUCUCCAGAGGUUCCUGGCCGAGACGGUGGACUUCUUCAUCCUGUUCUGUGUGAAGGCCACCAUCGUGCUGUGGGUCAUGCACCUGAGUGGGAUGAAGGACAUUGCCAAGUUAGUCACCCAAUUCAUCGUGGAGGAGAUUGACGAGAACACGUCCAUGGAGGACCUGCAGAAGAUGAUGGCCGCGGCUCUGGUCUACAGGGUGCUGGUGUGCGUCUAUGAGACAAUCUGUAUUUGGGGCGCUGGUGGUGCCACGCCAGGGAAGUUUCUGCUUGGCUUGCGGGUGGUGACGUGCGACACGUCCACUCUGGUCCGACCCAACCGAGUCUUUGUGGUCCCAGCGUCUAACGUUUCUCUCUCUGCCUCUACAGUGCGGGCAUUAAAUAAGAACUUCUCCAUCGCCUUCCUCUUUCCCGUCUUCAUCACUCUCCUCUUCUUCCAGCACAACAGGACUGUGUACGACAUUGUGGCAGGGACCAUUGUUGUCCAGAGGAGAGGGGGGACAUAGCCUCUCCCAGCAGCAACAGGCUCUUAUACCUGGCAGGGGGUAAUUAAAUAUGAAUCCGUCACAAACGACAACAAUAACAACUACAACAACAACAACAACUACAAUAACAGCAAAAAAGUGAUGCACUGGCCCACGUCUGCACUAGAUCAACUUGAACUUGGAUUGCACUUAAACUGUGAUGCAUUGGAUUAAGCCUGGAAUGUAAAAAUAAUAUAUAUAUUUUUCAAAAUUAAGUUUUCUUUAACACUGGUUCAUAAAUUUAAAUACGGAAAACCAUUGAAGUAUUGUGACCUUUGAUGGUUUGAGUCUAUAAAAUGGUGCUGUCCAAUGUUUCCAGGAAAUGCUGAGACUUCUCCUCAUACCAUGUGACUGAUAACAGGUGUUUUUUCAUGUUGUGUUAUUUAUUUAUUUUUCCAAAACUUAAAUCAUCCUCUGAGUGUAGGAUUUGAGAUCUUUGGUGACGCCCAGUGGCUGUACCAGGGACCAUUUCUUAAUUUUCCUCAGACUAACCAAGGGGAAUCGUAUGUUUGGCUUGCUUAUGAUCUUUGUGUUAUAUUGUGAUUCUUCUUAUGCACUCAUACUGAAGAAAAAAUGCCUGGCAUAUUUCUAUCCAUUGUUAGUGUGGAUAUGUGAGGAUAGUACUGUUUUUUUUAAUAUAUUUCUGCUGUGCUGAAAUGUAUCAACAACUCUGUGUGUGUGUGUGUGUGUGUGUGUGUGUGUGUGUGUGUGUGUGUGUGUGUGUGUGUGUGUGUGUGUGUGUGUGUGUGUGUGUGUGUGUGUGUGUGUGUGUGUGUGUGUGUGUGUGUGUGUGUGUGUGUGUGUGUGUGUGUGUGUGUGUGUGUGUGUGUGAGAGAGAGAGAGAGAGAGAGAGAAUCUUCUGCUCAGAUUCUUUGUCCUCAGACUUGAAUCUUGUGACUCAGGGCAACUUUUGUUUGUCUCAGUCACAUUUUUAAAUACCACUUCACGUCUCGUGUCAGACAACUGUCGUUGAAUGGUGUGCAGGAGUACGAGAUAACAGGUAACUGAUGUUGCUUACAUACCACUAGAUGUAGUCGUUAUUACAAAAUAAUUUAUAUCCUCACCAAUAAAAACGUUUUUUUGAACACGA